AUGGCGUCACAAGCAGCACCGCCUGAUGGCGAGUUCAAGGAAGCAAACGCGAGCCAAACAAUCGCUCGCUCCCCUUCUGCAUCAUCUCAGAGGCCCAAUGGCCACGAUGAGGGCGGUGUCCGACCGGCCGACGUCGACUACGACACCGAAACGGUGGAGAGAGUCUACAGAAAAAUUGAUCUCAGAAUCAUUCCACCUUUCUGGAUCCUCUACUUUCUCUGCUCGGCAAUCCGCUCCAACAUUGGCAUUGCUCAGACAAUGAACAGCGACAAGGGCCAUGAUCUCGAGACCGUCCUCGGCCUCACCCCCAAAGACGUCUCUACCGCCCUCGCCCUCUUCUACGUGUCCUACGUCAUCUUCGACUUCCCGUCCAACCUCAUCAUGAGCAAGCUCAGCCCCCGGGUGUGGAUGGCUAGGAUCGUCUUCGCCACCAGUGUUGUUGGGUCUUGCUUCGCCGCUGUCUCGUCCCCCUGGAGCCUCAAGUUUCUGCGCUUCCUCCUGGGCCUGGUCAUUGCCGGCAUGUGGCCCGGCAUGGCUUUCUAUCUGACGCUGUUUUACCCGCCGUCUCGAACUGCCAAGCGCAUCGGCAUGUACUUUACCGCAUCUCAGGUGUCUGCUGCCGUCGUCGGCCUCGUCUCGGCUGGAUUCCAGCUGAUGGAUGGCGACGGGGGUCUCGUUGGCUUCCGGUGGAUGUUCCUCAUCUACGGACUUGUCGGCGUCGUCCUCAGUGUUACGCUUCUAUGGUGGCUCCCAGACCGGCCGCUGGCGCCAGGCCAGGUGAGGGAGCGCACUGGUCUGUUCAAGUGGCUUCCAGCUACCCCUGAAGUGCUUACCGGCCAAGAUGCCAUCGUCCACUACUCCGAGCUCAAGCGCGUCUACCACACCCGUCCAUGGGGCCUCAAGGAUCUCGGUCUUGUGUUACUCGACUGGCGGCUGUGGCCCCUCUGUCUGAUGUAUUUUGGAGUUGUCGGAGUCGGAAUAGGCACCCAGCUCUACGGCUCGGUCAUCAUUGCCGCGAUCCAGCCAGAGGCGAGUGACAUUGUCGUCAGCUUGCUCUUUGCUCCUAUUUGGAUUAUGGACCUCAUCGCCAUUCUCCUGGUCACACCAGUCUCCGAUCGCUUUCACCGCCUCAGACCGCUCUUCUUUUCCGCUGCUGUCUGCAUUCAAAUUGCCGGCCUCUUGAUGACCACCUUUGCCGUUCAAAACGGCUGGGCUCGUUACGGCGGUCUCCUGAUGGUGGGCUUUGGCCUGGGACCGACAGUCCCCAUCUGCAUGACCUGGACCUCUGAAAUCUUCCAACGCCGCCACGGCGAGGUCGGCGUGGCAGCCGCAACCGCUCUGGUAUCUGGCCUGGGGAACCUUGGCAGUGUCACCACCACAUACGCCCUGUACUCAGGCUGGCCAGAGGAUGCCGCCCCCGGGCCUCAUAGAUUCCGCAAGAGCAAUCUCACCAUGAUUGGGAUCCUAUGUCUCAGUAUUUUGAGCUCCUUCGUCAUGUGGGUGCUGCUCAAGGUCGUGGGCAACCCUCCGAGCUCGAAGCUCCACGGCGGCGACACGGCCAGCGAGUUUGAGGAUGGUGCAGCGAGACGCGAGGCCACGCAGCGCGGAUUCGGAAAGACUUCUCGACGAGCCAAGACCAGUGAAAUCUAA